AUGAAAAAAGAAGCCAUUCCCGAGCACAAAACCCCAAAGAAAGGCGACAAGCCACCACCGAAGCACAAGCCACCCCACGAGGGAUACAUUCUCGUAGAGGAGGUGGAAGAGGAUUCGAAGAAGCCAUUCCCUGAGCACAAGCCCCCCAAGAAAGGUGAGGAGCCCAAGAAGGGAAAGGGAGAGAAGCCGCCACCAAAGCACAAGCCACCACAUGAGGGACACAUUCUCGUAGAGGAGGUUGAAGAGGACUCUAAGAAGCCAUUCCGUGAGCACAAGCCGCCAAAGAAAGGCGAGGAGCCGAAGAAGGGAAAGGGAGAGAAGCCGCCCCCAAGCACAAGCCACCCCACGAGGGACACAUUCUCGUAG